AUGAACCCUUAUAAUAAUAAUACUACUGAUACAUCAUUUUAUAAAUUUGUAAUAGUUGAUAAAACUAAAGGACCAGAAAUUAAAGAAAAAAAAUCAUUAAAACCUGUUCCAGUUACAAUGACUACAGUACCAGUUUCUUCUGACGGUAAAAAAAAUACUGAAGACAGAAAAAAUGAAAUUAUCCAAAAUAAUGUUGAAACUAUAAAAAAGGAAGAUCAAGAACCUGAAACUAAACCACGAGAAAGGACUUGGAACGUUAUGGAUUUAGUCAGGAAGGACUCAAGUCAAUCCAAAGUUAAUCCUCCAGGUCCUAUAAGCCCUACUACGAGCGUUGCAAGUAUUAUUACUACAUCAACAACUUCUGAUAGUACGGCUGUUUCCAACAAUAUACCUAUCGGUUCCGCAGUUGAAACACCUACUACUGAAAACAAUGUUACACCAGAACCUUCGUUAGUACCACAAGCCCCAGCAAACACUUUAUUCACUUCGCCCCUUUCUAUUUCACCAACCUCUCCUCCCAAAAUUGCUACUGAACCACAAGUUAUACAAUCACCACAAACUCCACAAACUCCACAAACACCGCAAACACCUCAAAAAACCAAACCUUUUGAAAUUGUCAAAAGAAUGUUGAGUUCAAAAAAAUCUUCACAACCACAACCACAACCUCCUGUGGUGGUAGAACCUUCAGCCACGAUUUCAACGGAAGAAAACGCAACACCUGAUAAUAAAACAGAUGAAUUAUUAGUUAAAACAACAACUGUUAAAGAAGAAAAUGAUGAUAAAAAAAUUGAAGAAACUGUUGUUAUUGAAAAAGAAGAUAUUCCAGAACAAGUAGAACGUGAUAUUAAAUUAAACGAUGAAAUUGAGGAAGAGACUACAGAUUUGAAUAAAAAAUCCAAAACUGUCGCGAAUGGAGGAGGCAAUUUCCGAGACUUUUUCUCACGUUGUAUUGAAAAACUUCAACAAGAAUUUGAUGAACUUGACCGACGAAUGUAUUCAGGAGUUAAUUCAUCUGAAGUAGCUACACGUGAAGUUCAGAAAAAUGACCUUCAAAAAGUUGAACUUCAAAAAAAUGAACUUCAAAAAAAUGAACUUCAUAAACGUGAAAGAGAACAAUUAUUGGAACGAGCCGAUACAGAUUCAGAUGUACAACCUAAUGUACAAACUAAUGUACAAACUAACGGUGAUGCACGAAGUGCUUUGGCCGAUGCUGGUGAAGCACUUAAUGAACGUGGUGAAAAACUUGGUGAAUUAAAUGAAAGACUUGGUGCUUUAGGAGGUGCAAGCGCUGAAUUUGCUAGAUUGGCAGCUGAUCUUAGAAAAAAGGAAGCAAACAAAAAAUGGUAUCAACAAAUUUUCUAA